CUGGGAGUAGGAAGGAAACAGAAUUAACUGGAAGUCCUCGUCUGUUUGUGACUAUUAAUGGUGUGUCGUAGAGAGAGCACUGGGGACAACUCUGGAAGACGGCGCUUGGGAAGAAGAAAAUGCGAGUACCUCUUUCAUGUGAGGAAGAAUGUAACAAUCCCAGAAAUGUCAAUAAGUAACGAAUAAUGAACUUUGUUUUACCCAAAGUUCACCACAGCCUAAAAUAAUAAAACCAGGGAACCCCCACCCCCUUUUUUCCAGAACCGUGCAGAUCAAAUUUCAGCAAAUUCUCAGGGGGCGAGAAAUACAAAAAGCAGAAUUUCGUUCACUUGGUCGGAAAGUAUGCGUCUUUUGUAUCGCCGAGGUGUUUGUGCGGUUCAGUGAUUUGCUCCAUUCCAGCGAUCCGGUUCCGCAGUGAGUGGCCGCCUCCCCGGCUUGCCUGUGGGCGGGUUGAUUGUGCUGACUGGCGUUUGCAUUCUGAUCCUGUUCUUGCUGCUGCAGCUGUAGCCUGCCUCCGCUCUGCUUUCCCCAGUCCUGGUAGCCAUGCAGGCAGACACGCGCUGAGCAUAGCGAAGUGUACAGAUUGCGGCGCCCGGCAGCACUCUGGCUGCAAAGCAUAACUUGACCCUUGAGUUUCACGCAACAGUCUCGUCAGCUGUGAACGCCAAGAUAUCUUCUUCACCUGCUACCAUGGUGGCCAAGGAUUACCCCUAUUGUAUUGCAGCUAAGAGGACAAACUGUGCCUUGGAAGUGCAUAGUGUCAGCUCCAGUGCUAAAGAAACGGAGGAGCCCAGUAACAAACGGGUGAAACCACUUUCCAGAGUCACAUCUUUAGCGAAUCUCAUUCCUCCAGUGAAAGCCACACCUCUGAAACGAUUCAGCCAGACAUUACAGCGUUCCAUUAGCUUUCGAAGUGAUAGCCGACCUGAAAUUUUUACCCCAAGACCCUCUUCUAGACAUGGGCCCCCUGCUAUUGCAAAGCGUCGAGAUAGUAAACUCUGGAGUGAAACGUUUGAUGUUCGUGUCAAUCAAAUGCUCACAGCUAAGGAAAUCAAAAGACAAGAGACAAUAUUUGAACUUUCCCAGGGAGAACAGCUUUUAAUUGAAGACUUGAAACUGGCAAAAAAGGCUUAUCAUGAUCCAAUGCUCAAACUCUCCAUCAUGACUGAGAAGGAGCUGAAUCAGAUAUUUGGAACACUAGAUUCCCUUAUUCCUUUGCAUGAAGAUCUUCUGAGUCGACUCCGAGAAGCCAGGAAACCAGAUGGAACAACGGAGCAUGUUGGCCACAUCCUUGUAGGCUGGCUGCCUUGCUUAAACUCGUACGAUAGCUACUGUAGCAACCAAGUAGCAGCUAAGGCCCUUCUAGAUCACAAGAAACAAGAUCAUCGAGUCCAUGAUUUUCUACAACGCUGUUUAGAAUCACCUUUUAGUCGCAAGCUGGACCUCUGGAAUUUUCUGGAUAUUCCACGUAGUCGACUGGUGAAGUACCCUCUACUCUUGAAAGAAAUUCUCAGGCAUACUCAGAAUGAUGACCCAGAUAAGCAGCACUUGGAAGAAGCGAUUAACAUUGUUCAAGGGAUUGUAGCUGAAAUCAACAAGAAGACAGGGGAAUCAGAAUGUCAGUAUUAUAAGGAAAGACUAGUCUUUCUUGAGGAGAGUCAAAAGGACCCUUUGAUUGAAAAUUCUAAAGUGCUCUGCUGUCAUGGAGACUUGAAGAACAACAGAGGAGCAAAGCUCCAUGUUUUCCUGUUUCAAGAGGUGCUUGUAAUUACCAGAGCGGUGACAUGCAGUGAGCAGCUGUGCUACCAGCUGUAUAGGCAGCCCAUCCCUGUCGGGGAUCUGGUGUUGGAUGACCUGCAAGAUGGGGAGGUUCGGUUAGGGGGGUCUAUUAGAGGUGCCUUCGGUAAUAACGAGAGAACAAAAAAUUUCUUCAGAGUCAGCUUUGUAGAUCCUUCUGAAGGGCAGUCCCACUCACUCCAGGCAAAUGAUGCCUUCAAUAAACAGCAGUGGUUGAACUGCAUCAGACAGGCCAAAGAAGCUGUGCAGCAUUCUUUAGGUGAAAAAGGAAUGCUAGGCUGUGGAAGGCACAUGCAUCUGACUCCAAAUGGGAUCAGGAUGUCCCAUGAAGAACCAAAGCUUGAAAGAAUGGACCAAUCAGACAAUGAAUCUGACUGUAGUAUGGAUACCAGCGAGAUUAGUGGCGACUAUGAACAGAUGGAAGAAACAGACUGUUGUGUAAAUCAAAAAAGAAUAGAGACAGAUGUUUGAUAUCACCAAUACAUUGCAUAGAAGUCCACGGCAUUUUACCUGUACAGUAUUUGCAUUCCAUAAGGAGCGUUUUGGAAAAGCACUUUUAUUCCAUGCAAUGGUGUCCUUGGUCUCUUUGUGUAUACUUGACGAAUACUGCCAAGCGUGUCUGUAAGCUGGAAUUUGUCGUCUUUGCUGUUUCUGGUUUGAUGUGUUCUCUCUGACAUCAUAUUCAUGGAUGAAAUAUUUGAUUAACAUCUGCAUAAUCUUUCUGGACCUACUCAACUGCUGUUAGCGUUUGGGCCAAUUCCAUAUGGAUUGAUGUACAUGGAACCAGCAAGUUAGCAGUUUAGGUGAUUAUACAGAACCAUUAGGCAACAAUUUACAGGAUUGGAGCAAAACUGAACAAAAUACUUAACGUUUAUAGAAAUCAACUAAAAACAUCAUAUUUUUCACUCUAUGGACUCAAGGUCAAUGGUUAUUAUAAUUUAAUGGAAUUUGUUUCAGGUAAUUUCUUCAGCAGGAAGCUACCUAGUAAUCACUCUACACUGACUGGAUAGUUUCCAUCACUUUCAAUAACAGAUGUACACAUAUGUUGCCUAAUCUGUUGGUAAUUUUACUGGAUGGGUAUAAUGCAGAUUAUUUGUCUCAUUUUCUUUUGUACAUAGUGUGUGAUAACAUCUGUAUAGUGUAUGAGGAAUCAGAAUGAUAAGCAGUAAGAAAAAAUGGUCAAACCAAAGCAUAUGCCUUUAUUUUGAAAAAAAGUAACAUGUUUAAUUUUAUCUAGUUGAAUUUUUUUCGGUAUUUAUAGUUUUUACAAAAGUUGCAAAACUUCUAUUUCUCCACUCGAUGUAUUUUAAAUGCUUCAUUUCAAAGAAAAUGAAUUCUGCAGGUAUCUGUCCAUGGGCGAGAGAAAUAGAUGAAAAAUAGUUCUUGAAAAAAUGGUUAUUGCAAUGUUUAAGUCUAUGUAAUGUAAUUACAUAUAUAACCAACAGGAGGAACUUAAUUCUGGAAGUAAUACUAUUCAUUUGAAAAGCUCCUAUCUCAGAAAUAGCAAGAAGUUAGAAAAUGGCAGUUGAAGGAAUAAAAUCAGACACAGAAAUUUUGCAAAAGGAGUGGUUUCUCAGUUUUAUUCUAAUCCAGAUCUAUACACGCACAAAUGUUAAUUAAAAAAAGUCCAAAUUUAGUGUGCAUUGAAGGAAAGUUAAACCCUAAUGACAAUUUGAAUAUGAACAUUGUGAUGAGACAUUGAAGAAUGUUACUGGUAUGCAGCAGAUAAGAGUUGCAAUCAAACAAAUGUAGAUUUUCAUAAUGUGGGAGGCUUUGAAUUUUCAUGAAUUCACGAAUAAAUUAUGCAAUAAAUGAGA